AGGCUACGUUGGCCAAAACCAAAUUGGUUAAAAUGAAGUUAAGUUCAACGUUAUUACUGCUGGUUGCGGGCAGUUUCUGCCUUUUCCAUGGAUGUGCAGCUGGCGUGGUGGCCAUACCACAGCUUGUGAUCGAUGAGGCUGGAGAGCAGCCACCAGAGGCGAUCGUGCCGAUCAGCAAUGAAGAAGAUAAACUAGAGGGACUUGAAACACUUUUCGAGCGCAACUUAUAUGUGGAGCCAAUCCAAAGUGGUGACGACGAGUAUGUAAAGCCUGUGCCAAUCAGUGUUGGUGAGGCUGAAGAAGAUUAUGUUGAACCAGAGCCAAUCGACGAGGUUGAAGAUGAGUUAGUGCAGCCACCAGAGGUUGAUGUAAACGCAAAGCCAGAGGGACGUGCUAGCGAAUGCAAAGUAACGAUCCGCGGUGGUCUGCCUAACCCACAGCCUGUUUACUUGAAGAGCGGCUCCAACGAAUUCUAUCCCUAUGAUGCCAGCGGUGUAAUGGUUGUCGACUCCGGUCGCACCCUAGAGUUGUGGUGUCCGGGUAAGUUCCACUCCAUUGAUAAGACGCUCGUUACCGCUUCCUGCGUUAGCGGCAGCAACUUCAGAGUGGACGGCACUACCUACUCAUUCAAGGAGUUGUCUUGCAAAUCUUGGCCUGGUUUCGUUGCUGAAAAGACUGGCGCUUCCUGCAAUGGUGGCAUUAUGGUACGCGUUGGCUUCAAAAUCUCUUCCAGCCGUUUCGUUGAGCAAUACCAAGUUUGCUUCAAUGAAGGUGAAGAGGUCACCCGUUAUGUACAUCACGAUUUGAAUCCCGGCAGCAAUUACUACCAGACAGGUGUGGAACGUCUCACCUUCCAGACUGGUGGUUUCUUCGGUGGCAAGAAUGUUGAUAAACUGUACACACAAGUCACACAGAAGGAGACUAUCAACAAUCAUUUGGGCGGUGAUGCCAACAAAUACUUCGACAACAACAAGAAUAUCUACUUAGCACGUGGUCAUAUGGCUGCCAAGGCUGAUUUCGACUAUGGCACCGAACAACGCGCCACUUUCCUCUUCAUCAACGCCGCUCCACAAUGGCAGGUGUUCAAUGCCGGCAAUUGGGCUCGUAUCGAAGAUGGUGUACGCGCAAAGGUUUCCAAAUCGAAAUGGUACGUUGAUUGCUAUACUGGUGUUUACGGUGUGGCCACUCUGCCCAAUAACCGUGGUGUUGAGACCCCAUUGUACUUGUCAUAUGAUGGUAACAACAACGGUCAGAUUCCCGUACCCAAAUUGUAUUUCCGUGUUGUGAUUGAACGCAGCAGCAAGAAGGGUAUCGUUUUCAUUGGUGUUAAUAAUCCUCAUCUAUCAAUGGAUGAUAUUAAGCGGAACUAUGUCAUUUGUGAUGAUGUUGCCGAUCGUGUUAACUAUAUUAACUGGAAACGUACCGAUAUCACUGCCGGUUAUUCUUAUGCUUGUGAGGUCUCUGAUUUCAGAAGGAAAGUAACACAUCUGCCAAAUCUUUCGGCACCAGGUGGUUUGUUGUUGUAAACUUGUAAAUAGAGUGUUGUAAAUAAAAUUUGAUCUUGUUUAAAUGUAA